UAAGAAAGUGUGUUGCACUAAAGAGUCUAACGUUAGAGGACUAAAAAGUUUGCCGUUCCGCCGUGGAAGGUGAGGGCGCUCCUUCCAGUCCAGCGAUGCUUUUACAGACUGUCUGACCCCCCACCAACAAUCCACUUCCUCUUUUGUGUAAUUUCAUGGCGAUCGGGAGAGAGGGAACACCACCGACGCACGCACACUGCCUCAGCACUCUUGAAAGAGUUUAUCCGGGUGUAAAGUAAGUUGUCCAUCUGACUGGCACAACAGACAUUGUUCUCCAGGUGAAACUAAGUGGACAACAUUAAAAGGGCUCCAUUGCACUUGGAUCUGUUCUUCUCUGUCCCAGGUUCGGACUGCGUGGUCUAUGGCUCUGAUGGACAAACACAAACAGGUCAAGCGGCAGAGACUUGACCGCAUUUGUGAGGGUAUCCGACCCCCCAUCCUGAACGGGCCAAUGCACCCGCGGCCCCUGGUUGCCCUGCUGGACGGGCGUGACUGCACUGUGGAGAUGCCCAUCCUCAAAGAUGUGGCCACAGUGGCCUUCUGCGAUGCCCAGUCCACACAAGAGAUUCAUGAGAAGGUGCUAAAUGAGGCAGUAGCUGCCCUGCUCUACCACACCAUCACUCUGUCCAGAGAUGACUUGGAAAAGUUUAAAGGCCUACGCGUCAUUGUGAGGAUUGGCUCCGGCUUCGACAAUGUUGACAUCAAAGCAGCUGCUGAGCUAGGCAUUGCUGUCUGUAACGUGCCAGCAGCGUCUGUGGAAGAGACAGCCGACACUUCGCUAUGUCUGAUCCUCAACCUGUACAGGCGAGUCACCUGGAUGCACCAGACCCUCAGGGAGGGAACCCGUGCCUCUAGUGUGGAGCAGAUCAGGGAGGUUGCUGGCGGUGCUGCUCGUAUCCGGGGCGAGACGCUGGGCAUUAUCGGUCUAGGGCGGGUUGGCCAAGCGGUGGCUCUGCGGGCUAAGGCCUUUGGCUUUGGCGUGAUCUUUUAUGACCCCUACCUGCCUGACGGUGUGGAGCGCUCACUGGGACUUCAGCGCAUGGCCACUCUGCAGGACCUGCUUAUCCACUCUGAUUGCGUAUCCCUGCACUGCAGCCUCAACGAGCACAACCACCACCUCAUUAAUGACUUCACCAUCAAACAGAUGCGUCAGGGAGCCUUCCUGGUGAACACAUCAAGAGGAGGUCUGGUUGACGAGAAAGCAUUGGCUCAGGCCCUGAAAGAGGGGCGGAUACGAGGGGCUGCCCUGGACGUCCACGAGACAGAACCUUUCAGUUUUUCAACAGGUCCUCUGAAGGAUGCCCCCAACCUGAUCUGUACCCCGCACACAUCCUGGUACAGUGAGCAGGCCUCUGUUGAGGCUCGCGAGGAGGCAGCCAGGGAGGUUCGCCGCGCCAUCACGGGCCGUAUCCCUGACAGUCUGAAGAACUGUGUUAAUAAGGAGUAUCUGAUGGCAGCCUCUCAGUGGCCCAGCAUGGAGCCAGCUACUGUUCACCCAGAACUCAAUGGAGCCACUUACAGAUUUCCUCCAGGUCUGCUUAAUGUUGCAGCAGCAGGGGGUCUCCCAGGAGCUGGCACAGGGGUUGAAAGCCUUGUCUCAGGAACCCUGGCGCAUGGCAUCACCCCUGUCUCCCACCCCCCUCACGCCCCCUCCCCUAAUAAGGCCGAAGCCGACAGAGACAUCCCCUCCGACCAAUAGCCCCCCCUGCCGUCGCCAGCACAUUCCGUCUCUUUUGGAAACCUCCUCCCACCCCCACCUCCCAGCAUCAGACACAGCCUGACCCUCCAGUACAUCGGCAGCGCCAGUUUGACCUGAUGUGGAUCUACAGUCUUGUUCCUCAGAUCACAUAACCAGCCCAGGAGUGACCUGUCCACAGCUAGUCCCAUCCCAUCCACACCCCAAAAACACACACAUCUCUCCAUCCUCGUCCUCAUAUCAGCCACCCACCUGCCGUCCCCUCCCCCCUUCACUCCCCCACAACGUCAGCAAUAACUGUGUUCUCAAGGAUUCAAUGAUUUGAUUGGUUUAUAUCCUUAGUUGGCUGUUGUUUUUAAUGGAAAGGUGACCUGUUGUGGUUAUAGGUAUUAAUGUUUGUUUGUAUAAAAAAAAAAGAAAAAAAAGUUGCAUUUCUGACUUGAGGCUUUAGUCUGCUGCCUCCUGCAGUCCUCCUCUGACCAUAGAGCACAGAGGCAGAAAGGUUGAAGCCCCCCCUUUGUACAUUAAUGGCUCGUGUUACUGCUCUUUUCUUCUUUUCUUUUUUCCUUCCCCCCCUCAACCUUUCUUGUGAUGGGGGGAAAUGUGUACUAAAGUAAACCAGACAGAAUCACAAACAGUACAUCCUGUCCUCGCCAGGCGUCUAGUUACCCCUCAGCACAGUUUGGCCCUCAGCUCUCUCUGGCAGUGUCGUCCGCUUGCUCAGCAGAAUACAACACAACGCAGAAUGCUAUCAGUGUGGAGCUCUGUCAGACUCUCAAAGUAUAUAGUAUCUACUCAGCUCAUGCUUAGUGAUACCCAACAUGCUUUACUGCUGUGAUGUUCCAGUUUAAGGACAGUCAACUCGGUUUUUACAAAUACUUUGCCCCUCAUCGAUUGUUUUGUCGUGAGAUAACAGCGUUUCAUCAGAUAGUACCUAGGCAUGAAUUUCAUCUCAUGCCAGCAUCAGGAGUACUGUGUCUGAGCUCUUUACACCAUGGUGUGCAGCUUUUUCUGGCUGGAAAACAGCAGCAUGCCAGAGGCCUCGCCUGCAGAGGGCACUGUCUAACAGCUCAGAGCUAAGAGAGAGUUGCACGCAGCUAACGUCAGUCAGACAGACAGUUACACGUUAGCUGUAGUGAUGAAGAACAUGAUCACACACUGCCAACAUUCAGAACACAAGAUGGGUGACCAGGGAUCAACUACCGCCUUCUUGUUUAAUAAGAUCUCACUGCACCCACCCACCAACCCUCCCUACCUUCACUCCUCUCCCACUGUCAUGGCCCAUCCUACACAUCAGCUCAUUAACCAGUAUGCAUCCACCAAUUCCUUUUAAGCGUAAGGGGACAGUAGAGUUUAGUUUCUCUGUAGGAGCAAGGGGACAGUGUUCUUGCAUGCUGGCUUUGUUAAUGACAGUGGUAUGCGUGCGUGCGUGCGUACAUGGGUGUGUGUGGGUUUUGUAUGUGCGUUUGUAUGUGCCCUCACCCUGUUAUAACAAGCUAUGGUCUUUCCAAAGGAAUAGUCCCUUAGGAGUAACUCUUUAACGCUGUUGCCCUGGUGUCAAGGGAACACCUUUCUAGUACCUCAGUAACAGAUAUUGAAUGUACCGUGCAUACCCUUUUAUUUUUUGUACAGAUUUUCUAGAUACUUCUUUACUAUUCUUUACCAGAAGGGUUGUGAAAUUGUAGCAUUAAUGAUACAAUGGAGAAAAAAAAAGCAUUGCCCCAUUAAAUGAAAUUGACAAAAUCUUUUAGGUUUGCUAUAGGUCACUGAAUACUCAGGCUUCGAAACCAAUGCGUAUCUCUUCGCCUUUGCCUUUUUAUUUUGUCAUUGUGGAGAAUUCAGCAACACUUUCCCAUUCUUAGACUUCAGACUCUGAUGUGUUUCAACCCCCAUCUUACUGGCUAUUGAAAAAGAAGGAAAAGAAAACAAAAGGCGGUCUGCUUUUUUUUAUUUUUACUGAACAGUAGACAACGUUUUUUGUUUUUGUUUUUACCCCCCUUCAUUGUCGAGCUGCUCUAUCUAUAGUGCAUGUGAGGAACAUUUUUAGGGGAAAUACUAUUGGCUUAAUGAAUUUGUGUCAUCUUGCUGUUUCCCGCUGCUCCCUGGCCGUUCCCCCUCAGAGUGUUUUCAACCCACGUUGCCAUUUUUGUCGUGGUCAGUUUCCAGUGAUGUACAGUUUUCCCUCAGAGUCUACGAGAGACAUGGAGCAUGUCUGUGUCCUGAGACGUAAGGCUCCUCUGUCAUGUGAUGAGUAUAUAUUUUUAAAAAUAACCCCCAUAGUUCAGAUUAUGAGCAUAAUAGUAAUCUUAAAUUUAGCUGUUGAUUAUAUAUAUAUAUAUUUUUCAGUUCAGCAGUGCACUGUUAUGAAAACCAUUCUGUUUUAUUGUAGGAUUUCAUUUUUAUGGAUAUGCUGUCUGUGUUCUACAUGUUGUACUGAAACAUUUCGGAGAAAAAAAAAACAAAAGAUCCCUCUCCUGUUAAUUUCUUUAUGAUUUAAAAAAAAUAUAUAUUUUAUUCGUCUUAUCCCAACUGUCUUUUCCGGCUGAUAUCCUCUGGGCCUUACUUAUUCUCUCCCUGUAAAAUUAAUUGUUUUAGAAAGUCGCCAUGGAACCACUCACUGCCUUAAUACAGUUGACCACAGCAGGUUAAGUCAGGAGACGCAUCCUGCUGAAAGGAACAGGCCAUGAUCGAAUCCGUUUGGCUAAAAGAUCCUCACACCCUGGCAGGCCUAAAUCUGCAGCACCUCGCAGUUCUGUUUCACUGAUGAACCACAUUUGGCCUUGUUUUGGGGCUCAAACACGUACAUCCAGUGUGAAUUCUUACUGUGCAUUAAUAAGAUGUUAUAUUUUUUCUUUUGUAACUUUGAAUAGUUAAGUCAGCCUGGCGGUGUGUAUGUGCGUAGGCUAACAGAUAAGCACAGUGUGUAUGCUUACAAAGCCACAGCUGAUAUUUCACUCUUGGGUGUGAGAAUGCCCUUACCCACCAUCACCACUCUGGGGCUCUUAAAGCAUCUUUCACAGUGCUGCCAGAGCGCCAGUGGGGCUGUGAGGGGGGGGGGGGCAUAGUAAACACUGAUGUGGUCUGUCAAAAAGGAAAAAAGCAGAAAAUUACGAUGAGAAUCGGUCACUUUUUCUCUCAGGGUUCAAAUGCACACAUAUCCUCCAGCAGUCACCCUCUGUCUCGUCUCCCUUGUCCUAACUUCUCUGCCCUCAGAAUGUAAACAACUUUAAAAAAUAAAAAAAACGCUCUCCCUUGAUCCCCCUUUGUGCACAGGUCUGAACUUUUUUUUUUUUUUUUCUAUUUAGCUUUUUUUUUUUUUUUUGGCGCUGACAUCUAACCAUCUAACAAGGAAUGAAUGAAUGAAUGUUUGAAAGUGACUGUGUGUAAUGUUAAAAUUGGGAAAUGUAUUUUUACAACAUGUGAACAUUUUUUUUUUUUUCCACUCACUCAUUGUGAAUUGAUUUUUUUUUUCUUUCACCAGACUGCAAAAACAAACAAAAAAACAAAAAAUAUCUCCUGUAACUAGGCUCUUAAGCUUUAUUUUUGUUUUGUUUACUUUUUUAUUAGAUACAAUCAUGUUUGUGAUGGUAACUUCCGAUGGUAAACUCCACACCGUAUUUUAAUAAAAUCUUAAAAAGUAAA